AUAAAUAUAGCGAGACGGAGCUGUGCAUGGUUUGUAGGAGAGGGAGGGUCGUAGGAGCAGCAGCUGUGUUUAAUGGCAGCGGGCCUAGCUACAGUCCUACUGCUUAUGUGUGUGCGCCCGUUUCCUAGUUCGCUUUAUUAAUGAUUCUUUCGGCUGGGCUACAAGGGCACUUGCAUUCCUGGGUGCGACUAUAGGGACGUUGUAGGUUCCAGCUGUAGUGGGAAGGGCACUAUAGACUUUGCAACAAGGGUCAGAGGGAGAAGUGCUUCCAGUGGAUCCUGCCCCACUGCUCCCCUUCUGCUGGGGACAAGAAUGAGAGAGAAUGAGCCAGAGAGACACCCUGGUGCAUCUGUUUGCUGGAGGUUGUGGAGGCACUGUUGGUGCAAUUUUGACUUGUCCAUUGGAAGUUGUAAAGACCAGACUACAGUCCUCAUCAGUGACUCUGUACAUCUCUGAAGUCCAUUUGAACACUGUUAAUGGUGCCAGUGUCAAUAGAGUAGCAAGAGUAUCACCAGGACCACUACACUGUCUCAAAGUAAUCUUGCAAAAGGAAGGUCCUCGUUCCUUAUUCAGAGGUCUAGGGCCUACCCUGGUGGGCGUGGCUCCUUCCAGAGCCAUCUAUUUUGCAGCUUACUCAAGCUGUAAGGAAAGGCUGAACCAUGUAUUUGCAGCAGAUUCCACCCAGGUUCACAUGAUCUCCGCUGGGGCAGCAGGAUUCACAGCCAUAACAGCCACCAAUCCCAUCUGGCUAAUUAAGACUCGCCUGCAGCUGGAUGCAAGAAAUCGAGGGGAAAGAAGUAUGAGUGCACUCGAGUGCAUACGCAAAGUGUACAAAACCGAUGGCAUGAAGGGGUUUUACAGAGGCAUGUCUGCCUCCUAUGCUGGCAUCUCUGAAACUGUUAUCCACUUUGUUAUUUACGAAAGUAUUAAACGCAAACUGCUGGAACAGAAAAUUGCUGAUGAAGAUGAGUCUGUAAAAGAAGCCUCAGACUUUGUUGGACUUAUGCUGGCAGCAGCAACUUCUAAAACAUGUGCCACCUCACUUGCGUACCCACAUGAGGUUGUACGAACUCGUCUCCGUGAAGAAGGAACAAAAUACCGGGCCUUCUUCCAGACUCUGUCACUGAUUGUAAAGGAAGAAGGUUACGGGGCCCUUUAUCGAGGUCUCACAACCCACCUUGUCAGACAGAUCCCUAACACAGCAAUUAUGAUGUCAACAUAUGAGGUGGUGGUUUAUUUGCUGAAUGGAUAGCAUCCUUCUCUUUUCUUAUCUAUGAAGAAGACGAGACCAAAUGGAAUUAAAGUGGACCAGAAGGCACCAACAGAAAAUGGCAAAAAUUAAAGACUGGGAAACUAUCAUGAAGUGCACUAUUAGCUGUACACAAUGUGAAAGGCAUGAUGAAGAAGCAACAGGCAUUCCUGCUGCAUUUAUUAUGUGUAGCACAAAGAAGUUUUGAUAUGGCGGAUGCCCAAGUGGGGAAUGCUUGUCAACACCAGCCAUUUUAGAAUUGAGUUUUUCUUUCUCUAAAGUGGUUUAGUGGAGUCCUUCCUGUAAGGCUUGGUGCAUAUUCAAAUGGAAGUUGCAGAGAAAGGACAUCUUGGAUGGAAUGCUUGUUCACAGUAAGGGCUCAUGUACACUACAGAUUCCUGUCUUCUACUAGCCAGAGUCUUCCAGACCCCAUGACUUAAGUCAGAAGAAUGUUGAACCAAUGAGUCUCAUACCGCCGGGCCAUAAUUAGCUCAUACCAUCCAAGCAAGUCUGUAGUGCAUAUGAGGCCUAACAUAGAAUGUGCAGGGGACUAGGGAAGUUGUGCAUUAAUCCCAUGUACCUCCUUAUUCUAUAAUAUUCAGAAUGGUCAUCCCAUCUGAGAUGGACUUUUUUGUGUAAUCCUUCCAGCUGCUACAUAGGUCCAGUUUCUUCAUGGUGUAAUUGCCAAGAGUUUCCUGGACUGGGCUUUUAAAAUGUUGUGCAAUUUGUACAUUGUUUUACUUUUAUUGAGCCUUUGUAGAAUAGUAGAAAUACACUUGAACAUUAUCCUG